CUCCCACGUCACUGCUAUAUCACGAAUCAUCAUGUCCUGAAAGGCAUAAUCCAUCUUAAGUGCACCGAACCUAAUGGUUGUCAUAAUUUACAAAGCUUCGGUAUCAUUGGCCGCCGCAAAUGUCAGGCUUUACAAAAGGAGGAAAAGCUCUGUUAUCUUUUCAACUUUUUAUAUGUGGAGCGUCCGUGCAAAAAUAUUAUAAAGGCGCGGAGGCAACGGACCCAAGCAUUUUGCAAAGAGCCACCUCGUGGGCUGUACGGUCUUCGCGCGCGUCCCAAAUUGAUACAUUUACUGAACAAUUCUAGUGCAUGGUUCCUGGGUAUAAUUUGUGUCAAGAUGCUGCUAACGAAUAGAUUAGCGGCCUUCUGCUUCGCCUUACUAGGCUUGGUAUGCGAGAGUGUCUCCGAUGGUUUAAACGGAUUUUCUGAAAAGGACGGCGCUUUUUACACUGACGAUGCGGUAGUUUUAAAUGCUCCCGCGAGUCGGGUGAAACGCGACCUCACGAAUAAUACUCGCAGUGGAAAACAACUUAUUUUGCUGAGACAGGUGCAACCCGAAGGAGCGUUCGGACUGGACUGCGAGACGACGCUCGGGAAACAGGGCACUUGCAAGAGCUUCCACGACUGCUACCCGCUGCUGAAGGUGGCUGACCUGUCGGGAUCCAACGGCUGGGUCAUGGGCCACUACGAUACCUGCAGUUACAUCAGCGCUGACAACAUGGAGGUGUUCGGCGUGUGUUGCACGGAGCCGGUAGGCACGCCUCCACAGCAAGAACCUGAUGUCCAGAGACUGGGCAUGCUGCCCCAGGUCAUGCCAGCGCAGGGACCGCCACUGGCUUAUCAAGCGUUUCCCGGCCACCUAGCAGCCUUCGCCCCACAAUGGCAGUACGGAGCAAACAUGCGUCAGAUUCCCGCACAGUGGCCGCCGACCAUCCCGCCACUGCCCACGCACCCGCCAGACCACACUGCACCUACCCACCCUCCUUCACUAGUGGCCGGAGGAGGAACCACCCGUCCCCCAACACAAACUACUUGGGGCACGAGACCACCUACUUCUACCCCAUCGACGACUAAACAGUCCUGGCCUCCGGCGUACCCCACGCAGCCCACUAGGCCUACGAAUCCUACGACUACGCCUGCGGCCGACGGCACUUGUGGCAUUAAAAACGGAUACCGGACGUACGAAGCCUUCCUGGACGAAGAACGCAUUGUGGGCGGUCACAGCGCCGACUUGAACGAGUGGCCGUGGAUCGUGGCCCUGUUCAACGGCGGACGGCAGUUCUGUGGAGGCUCGCUGAUCGACGACCGACACGUGCUAUCGGCGGCUCAUUGUGUGGCCCACAUGACGUCAUGGGACGUGGCACGUUUAACGGCGAGAAUAGCUGACCACAACAUCCACACCAACACCGAGACUCAGCACAUCGAGAGGAAGAUCAAGCGAGUAGUGCGGCACCGCGGGUUCGACAUGCGGACUUUGUACAACGACGUCGCCAUUCUGACCUUGGAUCAACCAGUGCCCUUCACGCGGAACAUCAAGCCCGUCUGCCUCCCGUCAGGCAGCCGGGCCUACUCGGGUCAGAUUGGAACGGUUAUUGGAUGGGGCAGUUUGCGAGAAGCGGGCCCGCAACCCUCCGUUCUUCAAGAGGUCUCAAUCCCUAUUUGGACCAACCAGGAGUGCAGGCUGAAGUACGGCGCCGCUGCUCCAGGUGGCAUUGUCGACCACAUGCUUUGCGCCGGUAAAGCCAGUAUGGACUCUUGUAGUGGCGACAGCGGAGGCCCCCUGAUGGUGAAUGAGGGCGGGCGCUGGACGCAGGUUGGCGUGGUGUCGUGGGGCAUCGGCUGCGGCAAGGGCCACUACCCGGGCGUCUACACGCGCGUCACCGCCUUCCUGCCUUGGAUACAGAAGAACGCUAAGUAGUCAGUUCAAAUCUGCUAGAGGUCGCCACA